UUGAGGAUGUAUAAUUUUAGCUUCUUAAUUUGCUUAGUAAGUGAAGUUAUUUAUCAAAAAUUUACACGGAAAAUGUACGUACAAUGUAGAAAUUAAUAUAAUUACAAAGCCAAAGCACUUAAUAUUCGAUAAGUUUUGUAGCUCCGUUUAUCAGGGGAGAUAUUGAUCGACGUCAUAGAAAAUAGAAAGUCUCGUCACUAUAAAAACAAAAGCCAAUAGCAUAAGCGGUUCAAAAACAAAUCAUAUGGAAUUGGAUUGUGACGUUGUGCAAAACCAACUUGUGGUAACCCCAGCUUGUUUUUAACCUUCGUUCGUUAGGUCAAAAAGGUUAAUUCUAUUUGAAAAAUUGUUUUUUUUUGUUUGUUUUUGAAUAGUAAAUUUGCAAGAUGUCCUGGUUUGCUGAUUUAGAACAGGGACCUCCUAUCGAAGUGUUCGCUUUAAUGAAACAAUUUGCCGAUGACGAUUUUCCACAGAAAGUAAACUUGGGAGCUGGAGCCUAUCGAACAGAUGAAGGUAAACCAUGGGUUUUGCCUGUGGUACGAACAGCUGAAAAGGCUUUAGCUAAUGACGAGACGUUGAAUAAGGAAUAUCUGCCCAUUUUGGGUUUCGAAGCAUUCAGUACGUUGUCAACUCGAAUGCUUUUGGGCGAUGACAGUCCGGCAUUAAAGGAAAACAGGGCGUUCGGUGUUCAGUGCCUUUCUGGAACGGGUUCCUUGAGAGUUGGAGCGGAAUUCCUAGCUACCAAACUGGGCAAAACUGUUUUCUACUACUCCAAACCUACAUGGGAAAACCACCGAUUGGUGUUCCUGAGCGCUGGUUUCAAGGAGGCCCGCGAGUAUCGGUACUGGGACGCGCAGAAACGCGGCCUGGACAUCGCCGGUUUCCUUCAGGACCUAAAAGAUGCGCCCGAGGGAGCGGUGAUAAUCCUGCACGCCUGCGCCCACAACCCUACCGGCUGCGAUCCCACUCGCGAGCAGUGGGCCCAAAUCGCUAGCGUGAUUAAGGAGAAGAAACUGUUCGCGUUCUUCGAUUCGGCCUAUCAAGGAUUCGCAUCCGGGGAUCUGGACAGGGACGCCUGGACAGUUAGGUACUUUGUCCAGGAGGGAUUCGAGCUGUUCUGCGCGCAGUCCUAUGCUAAAAAUUUCGGGUUGUACAAUGAACGUACAGGGAACCUCUCCGUGGUGCUGAAAAGUCCAAAAGAAAUACCGGCGGUUAAAUCGCAAAUCACUCUGAUAGUGAGAGGAAUGUAUUCGAAUCCACCCAGUCAUGGAGCAAGAAUCGUUAACCAUGUUUUAAGCAAUAACGAGUUAUUCGACCAAUGGCGAAGCAACAUCAAGACCAUGUCGUCGAGGAUUAUUGACAUGAGAAAAAGAUUAAGAGAAGAGUUGGAACGCUUAGGCGCACCCGGUACAUGGAAUCACAUAACCGAGCAAAUUGGAAUGUUUUCGUAUACCGGACUGAACGCGGAGCAGUCUCAGCAUAUGGUUAAAAUGCAUCACGUCUACAUGCUGAGUUCAGGUCGUAUCAGCAUGUGUGGCCUUACUCAUAGUAAUGUGGAAUAUGUGGCGAAAUCGAUAAAAGAAACUCUCACAGAUUUACCUUCAAAGUAUUAAAACUGUUUUUAUUGGAAAUACACAUCAGUGCACCUUUAAUGAGAUUCAAAUGUUGUAAUAUGUAUAUAUUUGUUUUGGAAUUUUUAGCCAAAAGUUACUAAAAUAUAAAGUAUCUGUUAUGUAUCA